GUCUUUGUUGAGGUUUCUCAUCGUUUUAGAAGACGCCCAAGACACAUCUCCCUGGAGCGAUCUUCCUCGGUGAGCAGACCUAUAUCUCAACUCAUUAUUCUAUUGACUAGUCUAGCUAGUAGUGAAGCUUGUUUAUUUAUUCUUCUUCUCGUCGAAAGAACCAAGUACGAGUAGCAACAAUGGCCAUGACAGGACAACGUCAAAAAUCCAAGGAGAAGAGUCCCACAGCGCAAUCAACGUCGUCGUCGUCGUUGAAAGAGGAUGUGGAGCAAAAAGACCAUGGUCGGAAAACGUCGUGCAAGACGAAACUGUGCUUGAUGGUGCUGACAGUCGUCGUGAUUGUCAUGGGGGUGAGCAAGAUGCAGCAGGACAGUCAUGCCACAAGUGCUACUAUUCAUAAUUCGCUACGAACAGCCCAAAAAGAACAAGACGACAAAGAAGAAGUUUCUGCCAUUGCCAGUCGCAGCAUGACAGAGGAUUCUUCUUCUACUAGUACUAGUUCCACACAAUCCACUUCCACAUCCACUAAUACGUGUCAAUGGCGUCCCGAACCGCUGCAAGGUCAUUGCGACGGCACCAAAUCGACGGACGAAUCGAAACUCUAUACCACAGCUCAAGCCUGCCAGACCGCCUGUUGCGAGAGUCCCACGUGUGUCACAUUUCAAUUCCGAGCAAAGGAAGGAUGUCUGUGGGGCGCCGAUACUCGGGUCGGCAAUGAAAAGGACGGAGUGACAGCUUGGUGCGAACCACGACCACCGGCUGUCUGGCAAGGCCAAUGGAUCAAAACCAAACAAGAAGGCGUAGAAAUUGACGGCGGUUGUUCCGACGAUGGCUGGAAUCCGCAAGAAUUGUCGGGACAAUGUUUUGGAUUGGGUGGCAAACAAGAUACGGGUGGCGCCAAUACCGCACGAGCGUGUCGCGAUGCUUGUUGCAACAAUCCCACUUGUAAACUCUGGCAAUUCCGACGCGAUGCCGGAUGCUUUUACAACAAUCACGGAUUCAAUUGUCGCGAAGCGGCGGAUCCACUCGAAUUUGAACCAUUUAUGGGAGCACGAAAAGUACAACCCACUCGAAGUUAUACACCGCAUGCCUACACGGCCGAUUAUGCUGAUAUGGCAGCAGAGAUGGAACAGAAAAUGCAAAAAUCAUCAUAAUAAUAAGCAGCAUUGCAGAAACACAAACAAAAAAUCGUACG